GAUGGCGGCGCCCGCGCGGGCGGGCCUGCUGCGGGCUCCGUGGCGCCUGUGGGGCGCGCUGUGCCUGCAGCGGCCGCCGCGGGUCUCGAGGCCGCUGACCCCGCUGCAGGAGGAGGUGGCGGCGCUGCUGCAGCAGGUCGAGGUGGAGCGGAGCCGGUACUCGGACCACGAGCUGCGCGCGCGGGAGGAGGCCCGGCGGCUGGAGCGGAAGCGCGAGGAGCCCCCCGAGGACGAGGACGCGGACGGCGAGCGCGACAUCCUGCUGGCGCAGGACCUGGAGGACGCCUGGGAGCAGCAGUUCCUGCGGUUCCGGCCCGGAGCCCGCACGACCGACGCUGAUAAGAAGAACGACCGCACCUCACUGCAGCGGAAGCUGGACCGGAACCUUGUCCUGUUGGUCAAAGAGAAGCUGGGGGACCAGGAGGUGUGGGUGUUGCCCCACGCGGAGUGGCAGCCUGGAGAGACCCUGCGGGGCACGGCCGAGCGGGUCCUGGGCUCGCUGGCAGAGAACAAGGUGGAAGCCAAGUUCCUGGGCAAUGCGCCUUGUGGCCACUACAAGUUCAAGCUCCCCCAGGCCGUGCGCUCGGAGAAGAACGUCGGGGGCCGCGUCUUCUUCUUUAAAGCGCUCCUGCUCUCGGGGCAGGUGGCCCUGGCUGGGGCCCAGCGGCCCCAUGUGUGGGUCUGCAAGGAGGAGCUGGGGGACUACUUGAAGCCCAAGUACCUGGCCCAGGUGCAACGAUUCCUCUUGGACCUCUGAGUGCCCCAGGACACCGGAGUGGCCCCGCGUGUGCCAGAAGCCGGGAGCUGCAGGCUCGAGCAAUGAAAGCUUCUCCCGGUGCCCUCCCCUGA